UGCCCCCCCCUCUCCGGAAAGCGAUUAAUCGAUCCAUGAAGGCUGCCUCUUCCUAACCCCGAAAGAAAGAUGAAUAUUUAUCGCCCACCUUCGGGGGCCAAAACGAAGGUCUCCGGCCUGAAAUACAGCAGCAAGACCGAGGACAUGAACGGCCUCGAGGAAGGGGUGGAGUUCCUGCCCACCAUGAACACCAAGAAGCUUGAGAAGCGUGGCCCAAAACGUUGGAUAGUGGCAGUCAUCGUGGUAGCCAUCUCCCUGCUCCUUUCUCUGUCGGUUGGGCUGCUGGUUUGGCACUUCAAAUACAGGGCUGCCCUUGUGCAGAAGCCAUACAACGGCUACAUGAGACUGACAGGCAAACGGUUCAUCGAUGCCUAUGAGAAUUCCACCUCUCCUGAAUUUGCCGCCUUAGCAAAGAAUGCAAAGAUGAUGCUCUUGGACAUCUAUGCAAAGAAUUUGGAUGUUGGUCCAUUCCACAAUGAUUCAGAUAUACUAGCAUUCAGUGAGGGCAGUGUGAUUGCUUACUUCUUAUCCACAUUCAGUGUUCCUAAAUACAAAAUGGAUGUUCUUGAUAACGCCAUGGCAAAUUUCCAGAAUUUAAAACUAACGGGAACAGGAAAAGCGCGGAAGCCAGAAUUUCAAGUUGUCUCUCUCACAGCUUUUCCUUCUGAUGAGGAUAUCGUUAAAGCACCCCGAGACAACAGCUGCAAAUAUGCGUUGCACGCCAAAGAAGGGAAAGUGACCAGCUUUACCACGCCAGGAUUCCCAAACAGCCCUUACCCGUCCAACAUGCGCUGCUUCUGGGUGCUGAGAGCUGACGCCAACUCGGUCAUUAGCCUGACCUUCACUACGUUUGACGUUGAGGAAUGCGACCAAGGGGAGGACUUUGUCAAGGUGUACAACUCAUUGAGCCCCGUGGAAGAACGCGCGUUGGUGAAGCUGUGCGGGAGCUUUGACUUUUCAUACAACCUGACUUUCGUCUCCUCUCAAAACGUCCUCCUGGUUAUGUUAAGUACAGACGCAAAGGGAAGAUUUCCUGGGUUCAAAGCAGAAUUCUCCCAGAUGUCAAAGAUGACAUCUUGUGGUGGAGUUUUGAAGGGCGUAUCCGGGAACUUCACCACUCCGUAUUAUCCAGCCUACUACCCUCCAAAUCUGGAUUGCGUAUGGAAUAUAGAGGUGCCUAGCGACAAAAAUGUAAAGGUACGCUUCAACGAAUUCCAUCUUGAGAAUCUUGAUAACUCCAACUCCUGCCUCAAAGAUUAUGUGGAAAUCAACGGUGUCAAGUAUUGUCAGUUCAGCAAGGGAUUUGUGGUAAUGAGUAAAACCAACAAAAUUACAGUUCGUUUCCACUCAGAUAAUUCACACGUGGACAAUGGCUUCUGGGCAGAGUACUUGUCCUUUGACUCCAAUGACCCUUGCCCAGGGAAAUUCACCUGCAAAAGUGGCCGUUGUAUCAAAAGAGAACUGCGCUGCGAUGGGUGGCUUGACUGUCCAGAUGGCAGCGAUGAGAGAGAUUGCAAUUGCACUGAGAAUCAAUUCCGAUGCCACAAUAAUUGGUGCAAGCCAAAAUACUGGCUUUGUGACACGGUGGAUGACUGUGGGGACAACAGUGAUGAACUGCAGUGCGAAUGUCCUCCUAAUAGCUUCAAGUGCAAUAACGGCAAUUGCAUCCCAGGGCAGCAGAAAUGCGACGGAAAAGCAGAUUGUGAAGAUGGCAGCGACGAGGGGGAGUGUGGCUCCGCGGUCAGCGUUACCUGUCAAGCAUAUACCUACAAAUGCCGCAACAAUAUGUGUGUGAGCAAGAAGAAUCCGGAAUGUGAUGGAACGGCAGAUUGUAGCGACAAAUCAGAUGAAGAGAAUUGCAACUGUGGCAUCCGUGCGUAUAGCAAGCAGUCCCGGAUUGUGGGUGGAAUGGACUCCGAUUUGGGUGAAUGGCCCUGGCAGGUCAGUCUGCAUGUCCAGAGCGAGGGUCACGUCUGUGGGGCUUCCUUGAUAUCCAACAAGUGGCUGGUCACGGCUGCCCAUUGCUUUGCUGAAAAGAACUACAUCAGAUAUAACGAUCCCUCCCUGUGGACUGCCUACAUGGGUCUUCUGGAUCAGGAGAAAAGGUCGAAUAGCCACGUUCAGAAAAGGGCUAUCAAGAAAAUCAUCACCCACCCGUUCUUCAAUGACUUCACAUAUGACUAUGACAUUGCCCUGAUGGAGCUGUCCACACCCAUCACUCUUUCCAAAGAAAUCAUUCCUAUCUGUUUGCCUGAUGCCACCCACGAAUUCCCUGCAGGGAAAGCCAUCUGGGUGACCGGAUGGGGAAGGACUGGAGAAACAGCUCCUGGUGCCAGUAUUUUGCAGAAGGCAGAAAUCCGAGUGAUCAAUCAGACCAUGUGUGAAUCCCUUCUGGUCAAUCAACUCACUGCACGGAUGAUGUGUGUAGGAGUCCUGACGGGAGGAAUUGAUGCUUGCCAGGGAGAUUCUGGAGGACCGCUUACCAGCCUGGAAGUUAACAAUAGGAUGUUCCUAGCUGGUAUAGUCAGCUGGGGAGAUGGUUGCGCUCGCCGGAACAAGCCAGGAGUCUACACCCGGGUCACUAAGCUACGAACAUGGAUCAAAGAGAAAACAGGGUUGUAGGUGGUUUCUGCCACUAGGAUUGUUCACCCAUCUGAUCCCUCAUGCAGGCCGGUCAACCUGGCCAUUGAAGAAGACUUUCCCACAUGAUGUGAAGGGAACCCUGUCUCAAACGUUCAACCCUUCUCUCCUUUUGUUCUCGUUCUUCUGGAUCUCCCGGGUGGGGAAGGUUGGUUUGAUAACGAAUGACCCACCUGGAUUAAUUGUACAUGGACCGUUGCCACCUGGAGAUCCCUCCAGCUGCUUCUUUCCUUGCUUCUGUCUCCUGAAAUCACCGCAGUGUCUUCAUUUAAACCUGAACUGAAUUUUUGACUUGGCCUGGAGCUCCGCCAGAGAUCUGACUUUUGCACCAGGUGUGCAAGGGAAGGUUGGGGACCAAUUUGAGAUGGGAUUAUAUGGGCUCCUCUUUUUCCAAGCGCCAAACAGAUGACAGUGGGAAGAAAAGAAGAUUAACCUGCCUUUUUAAAAAACAGAUUGGAGGUCUGUCUCUGGGCUUGACAGCCUGUUCUUUUUUCCUUCUUGUGUCCGACAUGAUGCCACCUGCAAUUAUUCUACGGCCUUAUAACUUUUCCCUUAAAAUUCCUCAUUAAGAGUCAGGUUGCUAUCUUUGCUGUCUCAGUGUGCAAAUCCCCGGAAUUCUUACAGAAAGGGAAUUACGACCGUUUCCAGAUUUGCUAUGAUGUGGACUGAUUUAGGGCAGGGGUCUCCAACCUUGGCAAACUUUACGACUUGUGGACUUCAAUUCCCAGAAUUCCUCAGCCAGCAAAGCAAAGCUGAGGAAUUCUGAGGAAGCAAAACUGGCUGAGGAAUUCUGGGAGUUGAAGUCCACAAGUUGUAAAGUUUGCCAAGGUUGGAGACCCCCUGAUUUAGAGCUAUAAUAUCGCUGCAAAAUUUGGUGGAACCACUAGAGGGGAGCAGAGAGAUUUUUUAAAAAGCUGUCUUUUGCUCAUAGCCAGUGAUAUUCUAGAUAUUUGCAGCAGAAAUUAUGACAGCAGCUUCUUUGAUUAAAUGACUUCUUUUCUCUCUCUCUCUCUCCCUGUCCCCCCUGAGUGAACUUCACAAUAUCAGUGCAGAAUUGCCUUUAAAAUACAGCCUUGUUACGUCGACAAAUAAGCACUGAAAAUCAUAUUUGAUCUGCAAUGUAAGAAGCAUCAUAUCAGAUCUUGCUGGUUUUAAAGGGAAUAUUUCCCAUCUCUGACUUCACCUCCUUUUUAUAAUAUGCUGAUCGGAGAUGCAAAGGGAAGAAAAUCAGGAAGGAGGGGGGAACAACAGCCAAUAUAUUUUACACCCCCCUCCCCCCGAAUUUCUCCUUUCCCAUCCUCAUUUGUUUCCCUGUCUUUACAUCUCACCCACCAGCAUAAUUUAGAUUGAGAUUCCUCCUUGAUAUAUAUAUUUUUUUAAAACCCUAUUUCUAUCCAUUGGAGUCCCUGGGACAAAAAGUUCUGACUUUAGCAUUUUUUUUUUUUUUUUGGGUAGGCAGAAUUGAGUUCUAUAGGGGUUCUGUCGAUUAUUAUUAGGUUGUCUGCAAAGCUCCAAAAUGCCUUUGAGGAUUAAAAAAACCCUGACAAUCGGGGAAUAACAGCCUUUUUGCUCUCCUGUGCCUCCGUCUAAAAGCCCAGUUGAAAUAUUUGGGACUUGCAAUCCACUUGCCUCUACGUUUCAUAAAAAACAACAGCAAUUGAUUCUGGAUUUUUUCCAACAGUGAAAAAUCAGAAUUCUUUCCAUCAAGGGUUGGAAUAUGGUGGAUGGAAAUGGGAAUGAGGGGAGAGCUUCAAAGCAAGCCUGUGAGAUCUCAUCUAUCUUGCUUGUUUGAAGCUUGAAAAGCUCGUGCCUUGCAUCUAAGUGAGACUUGCAUCUCCUGAGCCAUCAGCAAGACCUACUUCCUUUGAAGCACCUCUUGGCUCUUGUGAAAUGCUACAUGUUUCAGAUGUUCUGAGACUUGGCUUCCUGAGCUUCUUGAGAGACAUUCUGAGAUUAUUUGUAGAUCCUUGGCAUUCUUGUCGCCUUCUCCAAAUCCCAUCUUAUCCAGGAGGUUUUAUAGUAGCCCUUUCAAUGUCCAUGAGAAAGCCCACCUUGGAAAAACGUUGAUAUGGAGCAGAAAUCUCUUGAGACCCUGCACUUUUAAUCCAGUCCCUCUGCAGCUGUUUACCUCAUUAGAAUGAGAUAGAUGUAGAGAGAUCUAGAGAAUAUAAUUGUGUGUGUGCGCAUGUGUGAAUGUGUGUGUGUGUGUUUGUAUGGGUGGAUUGUUUCCUUUUUCUGCCCCGUUUUGGGGCAGAUUGGCAUUACCACAAUGUGCCUUAUUGUACAGCCUUGUUUAAUUAUGGUACUCUACAGCAGGGGUCUCCAACCUUGGCAACUUUAAGACUUGGGGACUUCAACAAAGCUUUGCUGGCUGAGGAACUCUGGGAGUUGAAGUCCACAAAGCUUUGCUGGCUGAGGAACUUGGGAGUUGAAGUCCCCAAGUCUUAAAAGUUGCCAAAGUUGGAGACUCCUGCUCUGCAGCAUUUCUUUCUUCUUAGGGCCCCCUAAGGUUCUUGAUAGGUUGAUGAUUAAAGGCCAUUAGUUCUCCAAUCUGGGGUCUCCCUGGUAGCUUUGUGUCAUUAGCAUUCUUCUUCUUCUUCCCCAGCUAUUGUCCAACACCUGGUUAGGCGUUCUGGGAGUUGUAGUCCAGCCUUUUUUAGGGAGUGCUUCUAUCCUGCGGUGUCAAAUGCUGAUUUGCUUCGGUGUUUGCUGGCUGCAUCAACAGAAUUUGAGCCUUCUUCGAGUAGAAUAAGUGCCUCUGUCUAAGCCUUUGAGUGAAAGAAAAGAUGACUGAGAGAUUGUUUAUAGGGAACAAACACUAUUAAGUAGAGCUAGAUAGAGCUAAAACGUUUCUUCAAGCCUAUGAACAAGACUGUUGUAUUUCACUGUGUGAUCUGUCUUGUUGGGUUUUUUUGGUUUUUUUACAACUGUUGCUUUUACAACUGAUGGACAAGUAAUGGUUCUUUACUGUAAAACUUAAGUGUUGUCCUGUACAUCUGUUGGUCCAAAGUGUAGACUAGAGAAAAUUAUUUGAAUGCAAAGGAUAUUUAACAAUCUGGGAAAUUCUUCACUAUGUCCUUUUCUUUAAAGCACAAAGCGACAGAAAGAGAUCAGUGCAGAACUUAACUGUUUUACUUCACGUUAAAAGAAAGCGUUUUCAAAAUGGUUUGAAACUAAUCAGCUCAAUUUUACUUCUUACCGUGUUUGCAUGUAUAUAAAGAUUGUAUCUUUUUUUUAAAAAAAAAUGCUGUAAAUAGCUUAAAUACGAGAAAACUGUACCAAACAGUUUUUAAUUCCCACCAAUAUUUCUGUCCCUCCUUUUUAUUUUUUAUUGGAAAACUGAAUGAAGUGGAAAUGUCUGAUGAUUCUUAAUCUGUUAUUAAACUUGUUUUUUAAUGGA